ACGAGUUAGUUUUUAAAAGCGAAAAUGGUGCAGUGGACCAAAAGCAUUUGACUAUUCAAAAACACGAAACAAAACCCUCGAUCGCACACAACAAUGGCGGAACCUCAACAGCAACCCCUUCUUCUCCUUGAAGGCACUGAUUCCAGAAACAACCGAGUCAUGUCUCAACUCACUCACUCUCUCCUUUCUCAACUCAAUCCUUCUCUUUCUCCUUCCACCCUCGCACAACGCUCUUCUUACAUUCAAUCCCGCCUUCAACACCUUUUCCAUAACUUUCACACCCCCACUCACCCCCCUUAUGCUUUGAUGAUAAACAGGGCAAUUGUGGAAUUGAAUGACAAAAACGGAUCUACCGCGGAGGCAAUUUCGGAGUUUGUUCGAAGAGAAUACGAAGAUUUGCCAUGGGCUCAUUCAAAGAUUCUGAGUCUUCAUCUAGGGAGAUUGUGUGAGGUUGGGGAGAUUGUGUGCACUGAGAACGGGAGAUACAUGUUUCCUGUUGGUGGCAUGGAAAAGAAAGAGAAGGAGAAAGAGAAAGAACCGUGUAAGGGUAGCAGGAAGAGGCGGAGGGGCUGUAGGAGUAAGUUGGCUCUGUUAGAUAGUGACACGACGGAGGAGGCUUCGACGCAGGUUGCUGAGAGUGAUGAUCAUUUGAUUGGAAGUGUUGAGGAAAAGGCAAAACUACAAUCUGAAAAGAUGGCAAGUAGCAUAGUUUGUGCUGAAGGGUCACCAGAGGGCGUAAUAUCUACCGGUUCAGGAAUAGAAUCAUCAUCGCAAACACAGUUGCAACCUCAAAAGUCAGCUGACAUUGAUACAGAUGUAACAACUGCACUAGUUUGUGCGAAUGUAGACGAUGGCGAGCUUCCUCAGGAUUACAAUCAAGGGGAUGCUGAUGGAAGCCUCGAUGAGAACCCGGUUAUCGAGUGUCUUGAGAAGAUACAGCCAAUGCGAAAGCUUUCCAGAGGCAGGCCUCGUAAAUCAGAAAUUGAUGAUGCAGACUGGCAAGAGAAGCCGUUGCUGCUUACGCGGGGACCAACCAAAAACAAGAGGAAUCAGAAUGGUCAAACUAGAGGUCCAGGGAGGCCUCGUAAGGCAAUUCAAGAUAAUGAACAAUGUGAAGAUACGUUAAAGAAAAAAGAAGAAAAGUUAAGGAAGAAAAAAGAGAUGCCGAGGAAAAAAGAAGAGGAGUUAAAGAAAAAAGAAGAGGAGUUAAUGAAAAAAGAUCAAGCUAAGCUGCCUGACGGUGAAGGGAAAUUAAAGAAAAAAGAUCAAGCUAAGUCGCAUGAAUGUGAAGAGAAAUUAAAGAAUGAAAAUCAAGCUGGUAAUGGACGUGGUCGCGGUCGAGGUCGAGGUCAUGUUCGAGGUGAAGGGAGGCCUCCUAAGCCAAAGGUAUGUGAUACUGAGGCACCAGUUUGAUGAAGCCACAACCAUGUGAAGUUCAGGGUAAGAGGUGGAUAUAAUCAGAUUUAAGUUGCUACUUCAGUUUGCAGGUAUAUGAAAUGAAAAAACAAAAUCCACUUGGAAGCAGUAAUGCAAGAGUGUGGUAUAUCUGAAAAGGUCAUCGGUUAAAUCUGCUUGAUUGCUCUUGAUUCAUGACUGCCAUGAACAGUCCCAGAAUUGUUGUGUUUGUGUUUACUAAAAUCAUGGUGCUAGUUUUGUUCCUUUGAUAGCAUGGUGCUUGUUUUUGGGAUUAUUGAGGAAUGCUAAGGGCCACUUCAAUACUCUCUUUCUAACAAGUACUUUAUGAUUGAGUGUUCGUUUGGAAACACGUUUACUUAUCCCACUUUUACGCGCGUUUAGCAAA